ACAGAAACAAUUAACUUUUAUAAUAAUUUUUAGGACUAAAUUUAGGUUAAAAUCCAAACAAUAUAAGUAUUCCAUUAGACGAUACAGCUGAAACCAUAUAAAUAUCAUCAUUAGCAUUAUUAAAAAUGUUAAAACAUUCUAGAGCAGGAGUUCCUUUAGAAGUAAUGGGUUUAAUGUUAGGAGAAUUCAUAGACGAUUACACAGUAAAAGUAGUAGACGUAUUUGCAAUGCCAUAAUCAGGAACAGGAGAAUCCGUUGAAGCAGUAGAUCCUGUAUUCCAAGCUGAAAUGUUAGAAAUGUUGAAAUAAACAGAAAGAAGCGAAAUGGUGGUUGGAUGGUAUCAUUCACAUCCUGGGUUUGGCCCUUGGCUAUCUAGUGUUGAUAUGAAUACUUAAAUGAGUUUUGAAUAAUUACAUCCUAGAUCAGUUGCUUUAGUUAUUGAUCCUAUAUAAUCUGUUAAAGGGAAAGUUGUUAUGGAUGCUUUUAGACUUAUUAAUAUGGAUACUUAAAAAUUAGGUAUGGAAGCAAGAUAAACUACUAGUAAUAUUGGCCAUUUAUAACCUUAAUCUUUUAAUGCUAUUUAUCAUGGAUUAAAUAAAUACUAUUAUUCGAUAAAUAUUAGUUAUAGAAAAAAUGAUUUAGAAACUUAAAUGUUACUUAAUUUGUAUAAAAAAAAUUGGAAUUAAGCUUUGAAGUAAGAUAAGUAUGAUGAAAAAUAAAAUGAAAAUUAAAAGAAGUUAGUAGAUAUGUGUUAAUUAGCUAAAAAUUAUAUAAGAUGGAUUGAAGAUGAAGAAAAAAAAACUAAAUAAUAACUCAAAAUUAGAAAUGUUGGAAAAAUUGAUCCUUAAAAACAUUUAUAAUAAAAUGUAGAAAAUCUAACUGAAAUUAAUGUUGUUAAUUUAUUUGGAACUAAUUUAAAUGAGAAAAUUUUUUGA